AUGGCGACCUCGCUCAAUAACCCGACGCCUGGCACCAUCAAUGCUCUGCUGGGCAAGCUGAGCGACGCAGAUCCCGACUUCCGAUUCAUGUCCUUGACGGAUCUGAACACUAUCCUUACCAAGCAGAAGCCCGAUUUCUUGCAACAUGACUACAAUACCGCCUCACGUAUUGUGGACGCCGUCAUUAAGGCAUUGGAUGAUCAGAAUGGCGAGGUUCAGAACCUAGCUAUCAAGUGCAUCGGUCCACUGGUUUCUAGAAUUCCCACCACGGUCGUUGCCCCCACGCUUGAGAAGCUCACCAUGAUCAAGAUGAAGAACUCGCCCGACAAUUCCCUCCCUUCUCUGGCUCUCCGAAGUGCUAUCUCGGCGUUACCCAAGCCUGUUCGCGGUAUUGCCCCCACGAGAGAGGUGGUUGACACCUACAACAUCAUAAGCCGUGUCCUGAUCCCGCGCAUCCUUGGCUUCUCCACUACUUCGAAUGCAUCUCGGCCCAUGGCCGGUGAACCGCAGGGACUCCUCGACGAGAAGAGUGAGGUAACCUCGGAAGCGGUUGAUGUCCUGAUUGAGGCAGUACGGUGCUUUGGCCCCUUGUUGCAGCCCCUCGAGGUUGAGAAGUUGCAAGAUGUCGUCGUACACGUCCUCGAACGAGACGGCACCUCGUCACCUGUGAAGAAGCGCGCUGUCGUCGCUCUCGCCAUUCUCGGUCCCUAUCUUUCUCCUGAGGUCUUGAACGGGCUUAUCAACAAAAUCAAUACGGCAUUGCAACGUCCAAAACUUCACCCUGUAAUGCUGCGGCUUUACAUCAACAUUAUGGGCUCGCUUGCCCGAUCUAUUCCCCAUGAAUUCGGCGAACACCUACCCACACUCCUACCCUUCAUCUUGAAGACGCUUGGCCAGGACCAGCUCCAAGUGCAGUUGGAGGCUGUUAGCGAAGGCAAUGACCAAGCCUCUGUUGAGUUCAACGAGGUCCGUGAAGCAGCAUUGGUAGCUCUUGAUGCCUUCCUUGCGUCAUGUGGCACCCAGAUGCGCUCAUUCACUGAGGAUGUCAUUGCUUGUUGCCUUCGAUAUCUUAAGUAUGACCCCAACUAUUCGAUGGAUGAAGAUGAAAAUGAUGACGGAGAUGACGAAGAAUAUGAGGAUGAUGACGAAUUCGGGGAUGACGCAGGCUUCGACGACGAUGACGAUGCAAGUUGGAAGGUCCGGAGAUGUGCAGCAAAGACCCUCCACACCCUCAUUUCCACUCGUAGCAGCGAUUUAUUGGAUAAGGGAACCUUAUAUUCUGAGGUUGCUUUGCCACUUGUGAAAAGAUUCGAUGAGCGAGAGGAGAGCGUGCGGCUGGAGGUCAUUGGAACCAUGGCUCUCCUUGUCCGAAAGACCGGGGAGGGCGUUAUUCGGUCCUUAUCUGCAGAUGAACAAGACUUGCUGCAAUCGCUUCCAGAGAGUCGCAAGCGACGGAGGCAAAGUAGUGGUGGAGUCACUAUGACAAGCAAGGCGCCUUACUUGGGCGCGACCGGCUUGACCUCCCCCGCUCGAGAGGAGGUGCCGUCGACAGGGCCACGCGCAGAUCUGUCCAAUAUGACGCCCUCCAUUGUGAAGACUGCGACGAAACUGCUCAAGGGCAAGCAAAUUCCUACCAAACAAGCAAUUAUCAACUUGCUCGACGACUUGAUCUCGGUUCAGCAUGGUGGUCUCUCGGAAUACUUCGACGUGAUCAUGCAGCCCAUCAUUGAAGCCACAAAAGUCUCUGUCGGGGCUACGGGUUCAACUUCCACAACGCUCUCUGGAGGCGCGGCUUCGGCCACUGCUACCACGCUUCGUGUUGCAGUGCUCGCCUUCAUCAGUGACAUAGCAAAGACGCAUUCGUCCAACUUAUUUCAGCAGUACCUGUCCAAGAUCGUAGCUGGCGUUGUUGCUGCAGUACAAGACCGGUUCUACAAGAUCUCGAGCGAGGCCAUCAGAACUGCCGAGGAGCUGGUCAAGGCUAUCACGCCUCCGCGUGCGCGGCUCACAUCCAAGGCCAACAAGCCCGAGUUGCACAAGCUAUACGAUAUCAUUAUCGAUCGGACCGCCGCCAACGAUGCUGAUGUCGAAGUCCGCCAAAAAGCCAUCCAGGCGCUGGGCACGCUCCUGUCAAGAACUUCGACUCAUGAUGGACUAACUCUCCUUCCAGCAGACAAGAGACAAGCGGGUCUCGCUUUGCUUCUGGACCGGCUGCGCAACGAGACGACCCGUCUUUACGCAGUGCGCGCUAUUGAUAAUGUCGCGGCACACUCGUCUACUGUCGGGAGUCUAGAUCCCGCAUGGAUUCAACCUGUGGUACUGGAGCUUUGCGGACAGCUCCGCAAAUCACAUCGUGCCCUUCGGGGUGCCAGUGUCCAGGCAUUAAAGCAUCUCAUCACAUCUCCUGCUUCCAAGGGCAAUCUUUCGGCCGACACCAUCAGCGGAGUCGUCAUGGCUAUCCAACCCGUCAUUGCGGCUAACGAUAGCCAUCUUCUUGGUCCAGCACUACUAGUACUCGCCCAUUUACAGCAAGACAUUCCGCAACUCAUCUCAUCCCCCAAUCUUAUCCCGGGUCUCUGCGAGCUUCUCAAGAAGAACAUAGCGGGAUCCGCGCUAGAUUCGCUGAUUGCAUUUGUGAUUAGUGUUGGUCAGGCUGGAGUUGGCCAGCCUUUGAUGCUCGGUGUCUUGAAUGUUGGCGUGGCCGGUGACCCCGCCGUGGUGGGCAAGGUCGCUGGAACACUAUUUGUUGCAAGUAAUGGGAGCUCGGGAGUCGACAUAAACAGCUUCAUCAAUGAGCUGCGUGCCUCGAGUAAAGCCCAGGAUACUGCCCGUCAAAGUCUAGCACUGGCUAUUCUAGGAGAGAUUGGCCUUCGCCUCGGAGCUCAAUCUCCAAUCACACCAGAGAUUUUCUUGAAUGAGUUCAACGAAGAGCCUGACAAGGUCUCCAUCUCUGCUGCCGUCGCCCUUGGACGCGCUGGCGCUGGCAAUGUGUCGGUAUUCCUCCCUAUGAUAUUGAGCGAGAUUACCGAGGGAGGCAGCCAGAUGGACGAGAAUGCCGGCCCAAAGCAACGCAGUAAGCAGUACCUGCUGCUUCAAUCCAUCCGCGAAAUUUUGCAUCAGGUUGUCGUUUCAUCUACAGACAUUGGUGCCUACGAAUCGACCAUCUGGGAGCUGCUUUUUGCGGCUUCGCAGACCGAAGACAACAAGGCCAUCUGUGCUGAGUGCAUUGGUCGAUUAGUCAUUAUCGACCCAAAGACAUACAUUCCGAAGCUUCAGGCAUUAUUCAAGAACCCCUCCACCGAGUUUAGGGGUGUGGCCGUCCAAGCGAUUAGAUACACGCUACCAGAUAGCGAUGAGUCGUUCGACGCCUUGUUGAGAGAUGUGCUAUUCGAGAUGCUCCUCACCGUCCUCCAAGACGAGGACAUGGUGAUCCGUCGUCUGGCGAUGACGACUCUGAAUUCGGCCGCCCACAAUAAGCCCGACCUCAUCUUGCCCCACCUGGGACAGCUGGUGCCUUAUGUAAUGACGGAGUCCGUGAUUAAGCCAGAACUCAUUCAUGAAAUUCAAAUGGGUCCCUUUAAACAUCAGGUUGAUGAAGGACUUGAGGUUCGCAAGAGUGCUUACGAAACCCUGUAUGCGUUAAUGGAGACUGCGUUCUCACGCAUCAGUUCCUUGGAGUUCUACGAUCGUGUUAUUGCUGGACUUCGGGAUGAGAACGACAUUCGGUCACUGUGCAACCUGAUGCUGAGCAAGCUGAUUGUCAUCGAUCCUGACGAGACGACACGACGCCUCGAUACUAUUGCCGAAUGUUAUCGCAAGAUUCUUUCUACUAAGUUGAAGGAGGGCUCCGUCAAGCAGGAGGUGGAGAAGCAGGAGGAGGCCAACAAGUCAGUGCUGCGUGUGACGCUUCUUCUGGUGGACAAGACCAAGACGACUCUGCCCGGCGCUAAUGUCGUGGGCGCGUCUAACCAAGCACAGCAGCCUGUCAGCAAUCCUGUGUGGCAACAGUAUUGGGAAUGGGUCAACAAGGACUUCGAGAGGCAGGUUAAGAGCCUCCGCGAGGAAAGCAAAGACCUGGUCUAG